AUGGCCACGCCCGCAGCCACCAAGCGCCUCACCAAAGAGUACGCCGCCAUGGCCAAGUCGCCGCCACCCUACAUCGUCGCCCACCCCUCGGACAAGAACAUCCUCGAGUGGCACUACAUCCUGACCGGCCCGCCCGAGACGCCCUACGAGGGCGGCCAGUACUGGGGCACCCUCAUGUUCCCGCCCGACUACCCCUUCGCCCCGCCCGCCAUCCGCAUGCACACGCCCUCGGGCCGCUUCCAGCCCAGCACCCGUCUAUGCCUCAGCAUCUCCGACUUCCACCCCAAGAGCUUCAACCCGGCCUGGGAGGUCAGCACCAUCCUGACCGGCCUGCUGAGCUUCAUGACCAGCGAGGAGAUGACCACGGGCAGCGUGCGCGCCACCGACCACGAGCGCAAGCUGUUUGCCCGCCGCACCCGCUGGUGGAACACCACCGGCGGCGGCUCCAUCCAGACUGCCCCGGCCACCACCGCCCGCGGCAUCGGCGGCAUCAAGGCGGGCGACGGCGGCGCCAAGUUCCGCCUCGAGUGGCCCGACGUCGACACCGAGAACCUCGCCUGGCUGAACGAGAAGAAGAUCGACCUGGCUACGGGCCUGCCGCGCCCCGCACAGCAGCCUGCACAGCCACACUGCCCGCCUGAGGUCGCGGGCCUGCGGAGGAGGCCAAACGGCAGCGCAUCGACUGUCGUGCAGGACGCCCAGAUUGUGAGGGAAGCCGGCCAGGGAUACCUGAGCAGGCAUAAGUGGAAGAUCAUAUUCGGCGCCAUUCUGGCUUACAUCUCGGUCGCACGCGUCCUGGGCGACGGCGCGGUAGCCACGGCCUCACAGGCGGUCUAG